AUGGAGGGAAAUCACAUCCAACAAAACGGAGAUGUGAAUGAAGAUUCAAAAAGAGGAACACUCUCGGUCUUGCUGUAUGUUAUCAAAAAUAAGGAGUUUGCCAAAAAGGUUAUUUUUGCUGGAACAUCAUCAAAACUACGCAACAUUGACAACUUUAAAUCAUUUGGAACGAACCCUGUUGGUCCUCUUAUUCUCAAUGAAUUCAUAACUUGGGACUGUGAAAUGGCGUUGGACUAUGUGACUGCUUUUGUCGAUAUUCAUCCGGAUAUUCUCAAGACUGUUCUUACCGACAACUAUCGACCAAGAAUUUUGGAAAACUUUGUAUAUGACUUGUUCAGUGCUGGAAUCAAUGACAAUGACUCGGCAACGGCACAACGCAUACGACUGAAAAAACAACAUGCCUUUUCGAAUAUCAAUGAUAUAGUAGAGGAAUCUUACAAUGCGGUAAUUGGUCGAUUCACUCAUAUGAUCGAACCUAUUGCCAGGACCAUCAGGGCUCAUUCACACACACAGAUUAUGUUAAAGCUUAUUUUACACUCUUCCAUAUUUUCCAAUCAUGGACCAAUAUACUGCCAACUGGACAAGAAUCAAGAAUACUUUUUCAUGAAUACUGUUGGAUCUAUACAUCUCAUUCGUGAAACUGGCGGAUACUUUUUGUCUGAAGGAUAUGUGAUAGAUUUGCUUCUCAAUUUAUUCCGAACAGAGUUUCAACAGUUCAAUCUGUUGUCAUCGUUGGAUCUUUUGAGCAGCAUCGCUGGCACAAAAGGUAAAAAAACUACAGCCAAAGGAACACCAUUUGAAGCCGUCAUUUUGGCUGGUAUGAUCCAGAAAAAUGGACCGCAUCUUUCAAAUGUCCUAUCUAGUUUUGGUGUUUCGAUUGCUGGUCUUGAUGGUUUACAGUUGCCAACAAUAGAGCGUAAGGCUGGAGAUGGCACAAUCAUAUCCGAUAGACCAACAGGAGUCUUUUUUCGUCCUUCAAGCCAGUUUCGACCAGACAUCCUUGCGUUUUUAUCCAAACAAGUCUGCGUGUCAUUUGGAAUCAAGCUAUAUACAUCAAAAAUUCCUUCAGCAGUGUCUGCCGAUAAUCUUGAAUCUACAAAUCCAGACUUUUUCUUUAUUAAAGCAGAUCGGCCAACGAAUAACGAAGCGUAUUUGAAAUGGCAGCAGAGUAUAUCUGAUACCCCGUUAAAGUUUUCAAUAAGGUUCUUGAUUGAGCUGCCUGAACCACUCAGUGCUGUUUCAACUGAAAAUACUUAUAACAGCGUCGAGGGAAACCAAAAUAUCGUUGUUGUCGUUUCAAAGAGCAAUAUGCGCAAUAUUUUAAGCGAGCAGGUUGCGUCGUUUGUUGAAUUCAUUACCAGUUCCUGA